GCCCAAAUUAACGUAGCGUAGAAGAAGAAUCGGAAGCGGAAGAGUUCCAAAAUGUCUGCACCCAAAAGCAUCCCCAAAGAUGCUCAGGUAAUGAUGCAGAUCCUGAAGGACAUGGGGGUCACAGAGUACGAGCCCCGCGUCAUCAACCAGAUGUUGGAAUUCACUUACAGAUACGUGACGAGCAUUAUUGAGGAUGCGAAGAUCUACGCCACGCACGCCAAGAAGUCCACUGUGGAUGCUGACGACAUUAAAUUGGCCAUUCAGUGCCGCAUGGACCAGUCGUUUACAUCGCCGCCACCCAGAGAUUUCCUGCUGGAGGUAGCCAGACAGAAGAACCAGACACCGCUGCCCCUCAUCAAACCGUACACAGGCCCCCGCCUGCCACCGGACCGCUACUGCCUGACUGCCCCCAACUAUCGCCUCAAAUUCCUCCCCAAGAAGGUUGGGUCGGCCGGCAGGAUAUCGGCACCCCGCCUCAGCACCGUCUCCGGCCGACCGGCCACACCCACUCUAGGAAACGCGUCAGUUCAGCCGGUGGGCGGGGCCAAGAUCGGAACGCCCGUGUCGCUGACGGGUCAAAGGUUUGCCGUGCAGAUCCAGCCUCCCUCGCAGAGCGGCGGCACUAAAAGUGCGUCGCACGGCACGCCCGCCACCUCCAGCGUGCUCAUCAACUCGUCUCUGAUGGGCUCCAAGAACAUCCUCAUCACCACCAACAUGGGGGCUCAGAGCGCCGGCAGCGAGUCACUCAAAAGGAAACACCCGGACGACUACGACGCCGUGUGACGACACGCGCAACACAUGUUGCCUCACAUGUAGGAUGCAAGGACACACACAGAAGGACUCUAUUUUUCACACUCUCGCUCACGACAUCACAGUAACCCGCCACCCCAAUACAACCUUUUUAACUCAUUAAUGACACAAUGAGGUUUUUUUUUUUUCACCUUUAAUCCUAAAAACAAUUUCAAAUAAAAAAAGAAACCGUGAAUGAUUAUGACCAAGCAUUAAAGUCACUUCCUGUUUGUGGCAAAAAGUUAGCGCACACGUUGACAUAUCACACGCGUCGCAAAAAAGUUAGCGCACAUGCACGACUAAAACGACCACAACGACCAAUCACGGCACUGCAAAGAACAUGCUCCGCCUCUUUCCCUUCGGGGGCGUGGCCAACCACUGCACAGAGCCAAAAGAUCAAAAGCAAACAACACAAAGAAAAAGCUGAAGUGUUUUUUCCCCCCCUAUGAUGAGCUUGAUGCCACAGGAAACACUUCUUACUGGCUGAAUGGGAUAAUGGCACUCAAGAAAUUUUGGGACUCUUAGAAUGGGGAAAAAGGCCGAGACAGGAACCGAGGCAGAGAACGCCGCCGGACGCUCAGGAUUGGGGCGGGGGAAUGUUGAAAGUGAGGUGGACGGUAGGCGACGCCCCCCUGCGGGUAUCAACAAUUCUGUACAA